UAAUUCAUGGUCCUCAUUCAAGAACCAUAGCCCUUUAACUUCUCGUUUUCAACUCAGCAAAACCCUAGCCAGACAGUCAUCACCCGCCGCUCCAAACCAUGGGCCGCGUCCGCACCAAGACGGUAAAGAAAUCGUCUCGCCAAGUGAUCGAGAGGUAUUACUCUCGCAUGACCCUCGAUUUCCACACCAACAAGAAGAUCAUCGAAGAAGUUGCCAUCAUCCCAUCGAAGCGGCUCCGCAACAAGAUUGCCGGGUUCUCGACCCACCUGAUGAAGCGUAUCCAGAAGGGUCCGGUUCGCGGGAUCUCUUUGAAGCUUCAGGAAGAAGAGCGCGAGCGUCGCAUGGAUUUUGUCCCCGAUGAAUCGGCCAUCAAGGUUGAUCAAAUCGAAGUUGAUAAGGAGACACUCGACAUGCUUUCGGUUCUUGGGAUGGGUGAUAUCCCUGGGCUUGUUAAAGUCGACCCGGUUUCUGUUGCGGUUCCUCAAAUCGGAUUCGGUCGCGGUGGUGGACCCGGAAGGAGGUUUUAAAUGGUGGGUAUCCAUGGAAUUGAUGGGUAACCAUUAUGGUUCUUUCGAUCUUAAUUGCUACUGAAACUUGGUACGAUUUAUGUGAACUUGUUUAUGAAGGUAUUUGAAAUGGGUAAUUUUUAGUCAACUUUCAUGGUUAAA